AUGCGUGAAACAGGAAUUUUUUUAAAUCAGGGAAAUCUUUCUACAGUUGGUCCGGUGACAGACGACGAUUCAUCUGUAAGUCCUAAUACCGAUAAUAUUCAACAACAACAUUAUCGUCUCCAGUUACUUGCUCAAGCGAUUGAAAAAGUCGAAAGUGAAAAUUCGAAAAAGAAACUUCCAAUUCCAUCACCACCAUCGAGUACUUCCAAGAACGAUGAACAAGAUUUAAUUAUGAAGAUUCUUUCUCAACAGAAUAUGGCCGCAGCCAUGGCUGCUGCCGCGGCUGCUGCUGCUCAGUUGCAGGCUCAACAACAACAACAGCAGAGAAAACUUGAACCUAUUUCACCACCAUCAACAUCAUCUGCUUCCUCGACAGCAGAAAGUCCAAUUGAUUUUUCUUCGCGUCGUUCGACUGAUGACAAUAAUGAAUGUUCAACACCUUCAUCGCCAUUACCAAAUCAACAAUUAAUUACGAGCAUGUUACAAAACUUUCAAUCGGCAUUGCAACCAACUGCAACAUUUCCAUUUUCAUUAACAAACAAAAACGGCAAACCUACACGACCAUUCAAAGCUUAUCCGCGUGAACCUUUAAUGUUACCAUUGGGCUUCUACUCCGGUAGUACGGCCGAUCAAAGUAAUAUUCUAGCUGAGGCGGCCAGUCGCACGACACCAAAUCGUAAGCGACUUGCUCAAACUCAAGAACGUCUGAGACAACGCCUGCAACAGCAACAACAGCAGCAACCGUAUUUUAUCUCGUCAUCGGGUACACAGAUAUUGCAACCACCCAAAAAACGACAUCGAACAAUUGAAAGUAGUAUUAGUACUGAAGAGAAUACCGCAACGGAAACGGCAAAUAUCAAUGCAAGUGAAUCAUCAACACCGAACAAUCUUGAUGAUGGGAAUAAUUUAAUCAAAGAUGAUGCUUAUUGGGAAAGAAGAAGAAAAAACAAUGAAGCUGCGAAACGUAGUCGUGAUGCUCGACGUGCCAAAGAAGACGAAAUUGCCAUAAGAGCAACUAUAUUAGAACAAGAAAAUAUCAAAUUACGUCUUGAAGUUUCACAAUUAAAACAAGAAACUGCCAAAUUACGAUGUAUGGUCUAUGCGACAUCAUAG